UUCCAGUCCGGGGGGCUGAGCUGUCUCCACCGCUCUAGGCUGCGGCAUGAGCGCUUUUCCCUCCCUUGGCCGACCUGGCUCUGCUGCCUCCUCAGGACAAGUUCAAGAGAUCCCAGUGAUGGCCGUUAAGCAGCUCUUUCCUCUUGGGCCGCAGGUUGCAGUGACUUUUGAGGAUGUGGCUGUGCUCCUCUCUCAGGAGGAGUGGGACCGCCUUGGUCCUGUUCAGAGGGACCUCUACAGGGAUGUGAUGCUGGAGACCUACGGGAACCUGGUCUCACUGGGUCCAGAGACAAGUGAGAUGCUUACCCUGGUCCAAGGCAGGCCUGAUCUGUGCAAGGAUGUCAAGGCUCCAAACCUGAUGUCAUCUCUCGGCUGGAGCAUGGAGAAGAGCCCUGGGCUCCAUACUUGCUGAGAACUGAGGGAUGCAGGAUCUGGAGGCACAGGAGUGAUGGUUGUGAUUCCAGAACUGAAAUAAAGGAAUUGACUCGAAAGCAGGAGACUUCUGAAGAAAUGAGGUCACAGAGAGCAAAAUCAGCACAUGUAAAGAAUAUUUCCAAGGAACCUGAUUUUGAAGAGAUGAGUAAAGCUG